ACCAAUCCCGAUGGAUGGAUCGAUCGAGGGACGAGCGCAAGAAAAAAAAAAAAAAUAAAUAAAUACGAAGCAGGCAGAUGCAGUACGCAAGUGUCAGUCAGCGGUCAGAACAACGUCUGCAGGGACUAUGCACGACGGAAACCAAUGAGUAUGUGCAGAUGAUCUGCAGAUUUGAGCAAGCGAUGACAGUGGUUGUGAUAGCGCGCAAUCACAACGGUGGACCAGAUGACUGGGAGGAUACAGGGAACGAGGCUCGACAAAUAAACGGACGAGGAUACCAAAUAACGAGAGAAAUCUCCUGUUUUCGCAAAAGUUCACGCACACCCUUGUCGAGGAGGUAUCAAACUAGCUCGUCCAGUAGUAUAUCCGGGAUGGAGUAUGGUGUGCGUCGGGUGUAUCCGGUUGCGACGUCGUCAAGCGCGCAAAGUGACGGACAGAAAGAGUAUGCGCAAGAAUGCGGAGAUCCUCGAGAAUGGAGGGGAAGGAAGAAAACAAGCAGUGCGAACCUGCAAGAUGAUGCUAUUGCUGAUGCCGGUGCCGGUGGUGCUGCCGUAUACGGAGUAAAAACACAGGAUGCCCGCGUAUCGAGAGUAAAGGAGGGGAUGGAGGGGAAGUCAAAUCGGAGGUGCAGCAGGAGUGGUGAUAGUGGUGAGGUGGACAGUGAUGGCGGUGAUGCUGAGCUUCGGAGCCGGGAGGAUUCGGUUUCCGAUGACCAAUCAGAGAUCAGAAUUUCUAACUAG